AAAACAAACAAUGGUUUGAGUGCUGUAAGACGAAUAGUUGAACAAUAUAAUAUAGAAGGCGUGUUUGGACCGCUUUAUGAAUUGAUUGAAUGUACAGAUCCAAACAAGUGGACGGCGGUAGAAGUCACAGCUGGACAAAGUUUAUUUCAUGUAGUUGUGAACACAGAUGAAACCGCAACUAAGAUUUUAGAGCCAUUAAGUCGCGAAAAGAAUGGGCGCGUCACAUUUAUGCCUUUAAACCGUUUGAGAAUGAAAUCUUUAAAAUACCCGGAACACAACGAUAAAAUGAUACCUAUGAUGGAAGUCCUCAAAUUUGAUCAGACAUAUGUGAAAGCAGUCGAGCAGGUAUUUGGCCGGUCAGUAAUAUGUGUGGACUUAAGUGUCGCGGCGACUUUAGCAAAAUCUCAUGAUCUGGAUGGAAUUACGCUAGAUGGCGAUCGUGUAGACCGGAAGGGAGCUCUUACUGGUGGUUAUCUUGAUGUUCGUCGCAGACGUUUGGAAGCCGCUACAAAUUUGAAAAGAUGGAGAAAAGAAUAUCAAGAGCUUGAUAAUCAUCAACAGAUUACUCAAAUAUUGAGUCAAAUGCAACUCAUUGAAGCCAGGCGCCGACAAGCUCAGGAUAGUAGGGAUCCUCUUUUGUUCGAUCUCAAUUCAAAAACGAAAGAGGAAGCAAAUUUGAAAGAGUCUAAGGCUGGAAAAGAAAGGUCUCUUUUAAAUCUUUAUAGUAAUAUCAAGAUGCUCAAAACACAGAAGGAAGCGCAUCAGAUAGAAAUGAGCACGGAACUUACCCAGACCUUAACUCCACAAGAACAACGGAAACUCGAAGAGCUAAAUACAAAUAUAGAACAAAUGCGGGAACGGUUAUCACGCUUUUCUACUUCAAGAUCUGAGCUUGAGGCAAGUAAAAACGUGUUGGAAAAUGAGCUGAAUGCAAAUUUGAAAAGACGGCGUGAAGAACUCUUGAUUCAAGUUGAGAGUUUGACCACCAUUGAUGACGAUCAAAUACACAGCACUAAAAACGAAUUAGAAAAACUAAUUCAAGAUAUGUCGGAACGAGCCGAGGAAAUUGAGAAGGAACUACAGGAAUCUUCCGCUUUCCAAAGUGAAAAGAGUUCCGAGUUAGAAAAAUUAAAAACUGAACAAAUUGAACGUCAGCAAAAACUUGAACGACAACAAAAGAAUGUUGACAAAUUCCUUUCGAAAAGAAAAUUAAUAUUACAAAAGAAGGAAGAGUGUACAAAGAAUAUUCGGGAACUUGGUGCAUUACCAGACGAAGCGUUCAAAAAAUACGAGAACACUGAUCCCACCAAGUUAUUGAAAAUGUUGCAUAAAGUUAACGAAGAGCUAAAGAAAUACAGUCACGUUAAUAAAAAGGCGUUUGAACAAUACAACAGUUUCACCAAACAGAGAGAUACUCUCUCUAGGAGGAAGGACGAAUUGGAUCAAUCCAAGAGGGCAAUUAAUGAAUUGAUUACCGUAUUGGAUCAACGAAAAGAUGAGGCGAUUGAACGUACUUUUAAACAGGUGGCGAAAUACUUUUCCGAAGUUUUUGAGAAAUUAGUAUCCGCCGGGCGUGGACAAUUAAUUAUGCAAAGAAGAAUUGAUAGGGAUUCGGAAGAAGAGGAUGAUGACAACGAUAACGAAGGGUCUGUGGUAGAUAGCUAUACAGGUGUUGCAAUUAAGGUCUCGUUUAAUAGUAAAACUGAUGAAGGGUUACGUAUGCAACAAUUAUCGGGAGGUCAAAAGUCGUUAGUUGCUCUUACACUAAUAUUUGCAAUUCAACAAUGUGACCCAGCCCCCUUUUAUUUAUUCGAUGAAAUUGAUGCUGCUCUUGAUGCACAAUAUCGUACUGCUGUUGCAUCUAUGAUACAUGAAUUGUGUGAGAAUGGACAAUUCAUUACAACUACCUUUAGACCGGAAAUGUUGGCUAAUGCCGAUAAAUUUUACGGAGUGACAUUUUCAAAUAAAGUGUCACGUAUUAGUGCUAUAAGCAAAGAUGAUGCACUUAAUUUCAUCACACAGGAACAACCGCAAUAA